AUGCCGAUCGAUAAGAGUUGGACGGCAUUAAGGAAGCGUAACUGUGAUGCUUAUUGGAACGGUCUCCAAGCCUUCUUGAGAAUGGAAAAAGAACACGUAGACUGCGACGGGAGAAUUUUAUGCCCGUGUGUGAGGUGCCUGAAUGUUAAACUACAAACUAUAGAUACAGUGGAGGCUCAUGUCUUUGACAAGGGUUUUCAACAGAGUUAUCAAAAGUGGGUUUACCACGGUGAGGUGGAAGCUAGUGUCGCCAAUGAGGUAGUUGAGGAGAAUGAAGAUGUAGACGGGAUGGUUGACGUCGUUGAUGAUUUCCUCUUACCGACAAAUGCAGAGGAAGCAGAUGGUGUGUCUGGCAGUCGAAUGGGACAAUUAAAGCGAAUGUACAGUUCAAGACAUACAGCUAAUGACAUGUUAUGGCAUCAUACUGGGAGAUCAAUAGAAGAUGGGAUGAUGCGUCAUCCGGUUGACGGGUCUGCAUGGAAAGACUUUGAUGCCACCCAUCCUGAUUUUGCAAAAGAUCCUAGAAAUGUUCGUCAAGGCUUGGCUGCUGAUGGGAUACUGAACGUUUCUGAUAUGGAGAACGCUAAGGAUGACUUGAUUGUUAUUUUAUGCAAGAUGGAGUUUAUUUUCCCUCCAGCAUUCUUUGACAUAAUGAUCCAUCUUGUUUUGCACUUGCCUGAUGAAGCAAUAUUGGGAGGACCUCAUGCUGAUGAAUUACUAGCUUUAGCAUCUGGGUCAGAUCUAUUGGCUUACUCCUACCAAGCAUGUAUAGUGAACGGAGUUCGAUUUGUUUCAUACAAUCGAGAUCAGAAUCGAAUUACACAAAAUAGUGGAGUGUGUGUUGCUGGAACAGAAGGUUUUAACUAUUACGGGCAACUUGAAGAAAUACUCCAGCUGUCUUUUACUGGUUCUUAUUCGGUGGUAUUAUUUCGAUGUAAAUGGUUCAAUACAGAUCCGAAAAAAAAGAAAACCAUCACUGUAAAUAAUAUUACUAGUAUCAAUGUUAGCGGUGAAUGGUAUAAAGAUGAACCGUUCAUACUAGCUAGUCAAGCAAAACAAGUAUUCUACAUCGAUGAUCUCGUUAGAGGACGAGAUUGGAAAGUUGUCCAAGAAGUGAAUCAUCGGCAAGUUUGGGACUUUCCAGAUGCUUCAGAUAUGAUUGCUGAUGUUGAUGUUGUACAUGACACCAACUCAUCAAAUUUUGUUUUGACUGUGGAUCUCGGAGAGUUGGUUGUUCAGCAAUUUGAUGUACCAGCGACUCAAGUCAACACGGCCCAUCGACCUUCUUUAGUUGUUCAAGAAGAUGAUGGAUUUAUUAAUGACAAUGAAGAUGAUAUGGUAGACAGUGUAGAAGAAGCAGAAGAUGAGGAUGAAUUAAUUGUCGACCUUAGUGAUGAUAAUACUGAUGAUGUGUGCCCGAUAGAUGUUGAUGUAAUUAGUGAGGAUAGUGACUAUUCUACUUAGUUUUGUAUCUAGUAUUCAAUGUAUUAUACAUAUUGAGAAAUAAAAAGUUCGUUUCCAAAUAGCAUGUUUCAAAUUACCUAAUCAAUUGAAAUAAUACUCAAUAAAUUAAUUAUAAAUAAUAAUUAAAUAUUAAAAUAGAUAGGUUAAAUUACUGUCGUGUUAGUAGAUGUCAGCAGAUGUGGCUAGAGCUCACGGUGGAGACGCUAGCGGUGAUGCUCCACCGGAUCCUACUAGGAUCCCGACUACAUGCGACUCAGGAAUCCCAACUAAGAAAAAGGGUCGUGGCGCAGCUAUUGGAAAAGAUCUAGAGGAGAGGCGGCGUAAAAAUGGAAAACCACUGUUAGUAACGUUUUGCCCACGAACGUACAAGGUUGUUGGGGGCGAGCACGCUGCUUUUGUCCGCCUUGUGGGAACCCAAAUUAAAACAAAAGUUCCCGGACAUUACGGUUCAUGGGAAUUAGUGCCUAAACAAUACAAGGAUCAGGUCCUUGGCAUAAUUCAGGUAAAAAUAGUAUUAAAUAUAUUUUUUUAAAAUUUGUCUUUAAUACAGUACAUAUAUUAUUAAUAUGUUUAAUUUUCAAUUUAGUACUAUUAUCAAAUAGCAGGCCGCGAGGAUUUCUUAAAGUGUUUAGAUGGUAUCGAUCGAGAGAUGAAAGACCGAUACCGUAAUAGGAAAACACUAAGACACGAACACUUUGAGAAACACUACAAUGGACCGGAGGAUUGGGAUAAGGUUCUAAACAACCCAACCAAUGAUGUUAACAAGGAGGAGUGGAAGCAGAUCUGUCAGUUAUUUACAAGUCCACAAUUUAUUGCACGCUCCGUAAAGAAUAAGGAAAAUCGGAAGAAACAAAAGUAUUCUACAACGCAGGGUACAAAAUCGCUGGCAGCCGUCCGUUUUGAAAAAGUAAGUAAAAGAUAAAAUAUUAUCAAAAUUAUGUUCUUUUAAAUUAUAUGUUCUCUAACAUUUGGGUUAUAUUUUUUAGACGAACCUGGACCUCAUUGAGUCAUGGAAGGAUUAUCAUUGGAAGAAAGCAACAAAUGAUUUCGUGAACGAUGAUGCUCGCCAAGAUUAUGUAAGUUUGAAUUAUAUUUUUUAAUAUUAAUAGAGUUAUAUUUAAUGUUAGUGUCUAACAUUUUUUGAAAACAGAAAAAACUGAAGGCUGAUUUUGAGUUACAAACUCAGCAAACAUCCACUGAUGCUUCUAAUAAUGAUAGUUCGUCAUCAGUUGAUCAGGUGGAGGUGUUACAAAAAGUAUUAGGCCAAAGGCGUGGACAUGUGCGAGGAGUGGGCCGCAAAUUG